AAAGCGGAAGUUUGUUUUCCUUCUUUCCGGGGCACGCACGGAAGGGCCGACGUGCUGCUUUCGGUGGUCGCGGACUUGACGGAGGUUUCGUUCUCAAAUCAGGCCCCUCACCUAGGCCGUCGUCAUGGCGAUGCAAGCAGCGAAACGCGCUAACAUCCGUCUGCCACCUGAAGUCAACCGUAUUUUGUAUAUCAGAAAUUUGCCAUAUAAAAUUACAGCUGAAGAAAUGUAUGAUAUUUUUGGAAAAUAUGGACCAAUUCGACAAAUCAGAGUAGGAAACACCCCUGAGACUAGAGGAACAGCCUAUGUUGUCUAUGAAGAUAUCUUUGAUGCCAAAAAUGCUUGUGACCAUCUGUCAGGGUUCAAUGUGUGCAACAGAUACCUUGUUGUUCUGUACUACAAUGCAAACAGGGCAUUCCAGAAGAUGGAUACAAAGAAGAAAGAAGAGCAACUCAAACUGCUGAAGGAAAAAUAUGGGAUAAACACAGACCCACCAAAAUAAGACUCUUAACCUUCAUGAGCAACUGGCUCUUUUGGACAUUUUAAAAAAUUCCACCAUGUCUCUAGACUAAGCUCUGCCUACCCCCCCAAAUAGCUAUGUCCAGUUGAAUUUUUAGUUCUUACAUUUGACGUGUAAGCCAUUUGAGGAAAUCCUGUUUUGGAAGUAACAGCCACUGGUUAUAAUUACAAAUAUUGGUACAUUAAAAUGACAAGUAGCCUCUUGGCAUAUUGUUGUUGAUAAUUUUCCACAUUUCUGAGGUUUGUACAAAACUUUAUGCAUCAUUUGUAUAACCUUUUGACCACUAUGGUCAGAAGAAUGUGUAAAAUUUUAUGGAGCUAAAUGCCGAAUUGAAUCUGUUAAAAAUGCUUUUCAACAUGUUGUAUUUUUGGUUUCCGUUUUCUGAAAUGUAUCUGCAUGAUUCAUCUUCCCAAGCAGUUUGCUGUAAUAAAGAAUAAUCUGAUGUGC